AUGGCAAAAGCAAUUGAAACUUUCCGUGGACGUGAAAUAUAUGUACAUGAUGGGUAUAUGUAUAUUUUUGAUGCAUUUAGUGCAAAUAAAUUAAAAAAGUUUUGGCGAUGUCGUUACAAAGAUUCGUGUAAGGCGAGAAUUCAUACACUAGUUGAAACAAAUAAGUUUUUAAAACAAAUAAAUGAACAUUCGACCCAUGACUCGGAAGCGGCUAAUAUUGAAGCUAAUUCUGCAGUUACCAAGAUGAAAAAACGAGCACGUGAGACAAUGGAGCCUACAUCAAAUACCAUCAAUGAAUGUACGAGUGGAUUAUCACAAGCAGGAAAGGGAGCGUUGACGGCUGAUGGAGCUUUAAAAAAACAGAUAAGACGCACGCGGCGUGAAAUUCAAGCUGCACCCGAUGCUCCAAAAGAUUUGGUUUCAUUAAUAAUACCAUUGAAUUACCAGUCGUAUUCGCCAUCUGAAGGUGUAACUGAACAAUUUUUACUACACGAUAGUGGACCUGGAGUCGAUAGAAUUUUAAUUUUUUGUCGCCCUCAAAAUUUAAAUAUUUUAUCAGAGUCUUCCAAUUGGUAUGUCGAUGGCACAUUUAAAGUAGCACCUCAUUUAUUUUCGCAAGUAUAUGUAAUAUUAAGUAAAUACCUCGAUGGCGUUCAUCCCCUUAUUUAUGCUCUUUUACCCGAUAAAAAAAACCAAACGUAUGAACGGCUAUUUAAAAUAAUAAUUGAAUUAAAACCAGGGUUAAAACCAAAAUCAAUUGCUUGCGAUUUUGAGCAAGCUGCGAUCAAAGCAAUUAAAAACAAUUUCUCUGAAGUUCAAAUUCACGGAUGUCUAUUUCAUUUGACAAAAAAUUUUAGACUUAAAAUGGGUGACCUAGAAUUAUUUUCGAAGUAUAAAAAUGAUGCAGAAUUUUCAAUUUAUAUUAAAAUGAUUUUGGCUUUAGCUUUUGUUAAAAUUUACGACAUUUACAAUAGUGUAAACUUAUUAUAUGAUGAACUGCCUGAAGAAAUAUUUCCUCUCUUGGAAUGGUUUGAAGAAAACUACAUCGGUACAGUUGUAAGAAAUCGUCGUCGAAACCCACUUUUCCCCCCUAUAAUUUGGAACGUUCAUGAUCGCGUACUUAAUAAAGACGAUCGAACAAAUAAUCAUGCAGAAGCGUGUCAAAUCGUCGUCUUAAUCUACAAAUGGCAGUUGACCAUCCGACACUAUGGGCAUUUAUAUCAUGUUUAA